CUCUCACUCGCGACUCCAUCACGACAGCGUUGGAUCAGGCAACAGCGGCAUCUAUCUCUCAGCUGCUCACGCACCAUACGACGUCCUUGAAGGCAGAGCGCUUCCUCACGAGAGGAGGUCUAGACGAACAAGCAGGCGAAUCCAUCAGCCAGGCCGCGGUCCACACAUCGUUGGCCUCGCAUCAUCGAGGAAGGAGAAGCAGAGCACGCGCGCUUUCGACUUGCAAGCUAGCUUGACAAGAUGGGCAUCGUCGAAAAGAUUGCCGAGAUCGAGGCCGAGAUGGCUCGGACUCAGAAGAACAAGGCGACAGAGUACCACAUUGGUCUCUUGCGAGCCAAGGUGUCCAAGUUGCGGGUGCAGCUGCUCGAGCCGGAAAAGACGAGUGCAAAGGGAGAAGGUUUCGAUGUUCAGAAGCGAGGAUCAGCGCGGGUAGCGCUGAUUGGCUUUCCUUCCGUGGGCAAGAGUACACUGCUGAGCACCAUCACGCGCACAGAGAGCGCCACGGCUGCCUACGAAUACACCACAUUGACCGCUAUUCCUGGUGUGCUGGAGUAUGAAGGAGCAGAGAUACAACUGCUCGAUCUGCCUGGUAUCAUCGAGGGCGCUAGUCAGGGAAGAGGAAGAGGUAGACAGGUCGUGAGCGUCGCAAAGACUGCCGACCUUAUCCUUAUCAUGAUGGACGCGACAAAGUCUGAGCAGCAGAGGGUUCUCUUGGAGAAAGAAUUGGAAGACGUGGGCAUUCGAUUGAACAAGAAGCCACCUGAUGUCAUCUUGAAGCGCAAACAAGCUGGUGGAAUCGUAGUCUCGAAAGCUAUGGGCUUGACAUUGACAAAGAUCGACGAAAAGAUGAUCAGGACGAUUCUUGCGGGCUACAAGAUGCACAAUACCGACGUGCUUCUGCGAGAAGACAUUACCGUGGAUCAGUUCAUCGACGUCGUGCUGGGUACUAGAAAGUACACGCCUUGCUUGUACGUCUACAACAAGAUCGACAGCAUAUCCAUGGAGGAGAUGGACAAACUAGCGAGAAGACCUCACUCUAUCGUCGUCUCGUGCGAGUUGAGACUAAACCUGGAAAGAUUGAAGGAUCGGAUAUGGAAUGAGAUGAAUCUUUUGCGCGUGUACACGAGAAAGAGGGGAGAACAUCCAGAUUUGGAAGAUCCGGUCAUCGUGCGAGCUGGCGGGACGGUCGAAGAUGUGUGCAACUCCAUCCACAAAUCCCUCGUCGAGAAAUUCAGCUAUGCGACGGUUUGGGGUAAAUCGAGCAAAUUCUUACAAGGGCAAAAAGUUGGCAUCAAUCAUGCCAUUUCGGAUGGGGAUGUCGUUACCUUGUUCAUGAAAUAAUGCAUGACGUUCAACGCACCUGCUCGUAGUCGCAGCAGCAGCAGCGGCGGCGGCGGCGGCGCAGCGAAGUGAUC